AUGGCCGACUCCGAUCCCCCGGUUCUGAUCGUCGGCGCAGGCAUCAGCGGCCUGGUGUUGGCUCAGUAUCUCCAGCAUCUCGGCGUGCGGUUUGAGAUCUUCGAUCGUGACUCCGCCCUCGAUGCGCGCACUGGUGGAUGGGGCCUGACGCUGCACUGGGCACUGCCUGCCCUGCGCGACCUGCUUCCCGCCCACAUUGUGGACAAACUGCCCGAUACGUUUGUCAACAAGGACGCAUCGUCGCGUGGAGAUGUCGGCAGUUUUCAGUUCUUCAAUUUGAAAUCUGGCGAUGCACUCUAUAGUGUUCCAGCCGAAGAGCGAAUUCGAGUGAAUCGAGGAAGAUUGCGUGAGCUGUUGACCAGUGGGAUUGACGUUCAUUGGGAUAAAACACUCUUGAAUAUCGAAUCCUCUGCGGAACACAUCACCGCUUUUUUCGACGACGGCACUUCGUACACCGGUCAUCUGCUUGUCGCCUGCGAUGGAGCUCGGUCGCGCGCCCGCCAAAUCGUGUAUCCGGAUGGCUGUCAGAUGAACCCAUUGCCGGUGCAGCUGCUCGGGGCAUCACCACUAUACACAUCGGAGGAAAUGGGCGGGGCACAGACGAUCGAUCCCUAUAUCUUCCAGGGCUCUCAUCCUGACACCGAUGUGUUCAUGUUUUUCAGUUUCCUCGAUACCCCAAACAACUUCGAUGAAAGCAGCCGAGAUCGUUAUCAUUGCCAGAUCAUCGUCUCUUGGGCCGACUCCAAAGGAAUCACCGUGCCGACUUCCAAUCCCGACCGUGUCACUCUGAUGAAACAGCUGACCGACAACUGGGCCGAACCAUUUCGGUCGCUCGUUCAUAAUUUACCGGAAAAUAUCGAAGCACGGUCUAUUCGCAUUGAAGACUGGCUCUUUCGACCGGACCAAAAGCAUCUGUCUAGAUGCGUGCUCAUGGGGGACUCGGCACAUACAAUGACGAUGUUCCGUGGUGAAGGAGCUAAUAAUGCAAUCGUCGAUGUCCGUGAUCUGGUGAAGCGGGUCGAUAUGCAAAAUUCCGAAUCAUUUGACUCCGAGACCCUUUCUGCUUCGCUAGCUGCCUAUGAAAAGGAUAUCUUUGCCCGUGUUGAGCCCAGUGUACUGAACUCACGCCAGGCAUGUCUAGACGCUCAUGAUUUCUCAAAGAUCGUGGCCGGGAGUCCGUUGGUGGCGGCGAGAGUGCUUCAAACAAAUACGGAGUGA